AAGAUGAGGGAAAUUCAUGCCUGCGCAAACACGAGCGUUUGCUAUCUGUGUAACGUGUGUUAUGGAUUUUCUAUAUGUAUACACUCUAGAAUAAGCGUGAAAACUAGUUAGAUGCGGAUCAAGGAACUUUAAAAAAACCCACCAAAAAACCGUAGUCUUUCCUCCCAUUGUGAGAGCUAGGUCGUCAUCAUCAAAGCUUGGAGUCUUUCAGGUAGGGAGAAACAGCCCAAAUGCUGAGAGGGAAGGUGGCCAUUAUUACGGGAUCCGCCCAGGGUCUGGGUAAAGCCUUCGCCAGAGCACUGCUGGAGAGGGGAAGCAAGGUUUGCCUUUCUGAUGUAAAUCAAGAACUGUUAGAGACAACGUCUACGGAACUCAAAUCGGAGUAUGCCGAAAACGUCUUUUAUCAGGCGUGUGACGUCACCAACAUCCAGCAAAUGGAAGAGCUUUUCAGGAAAACCAAAGAAAACCUUGGGAGUAUUGACAUUGUUGUGAACAACGCAGGAAUAGUGCACGAAAAGGCCUGGGAGAAAUGCAUAGAUAUUAACCUGAAUGGUACCAUCCGCGGGACGAUGCUAGCGUUGGAGUAUCUGAGGAAAGACAUGGGCGGUCAGGGGGGCCUGAUCCUAAACAUGUCAUCACUGGCAGGUAUCUUUCCUGUGAACUACACUCCUGUGUAUGCCGCUAGUAAACACGGAGUUAUCGGCUUUACGAGGAGUUGGGCCAACCACCCUGACGUGAUAAAUAAUGGCGUCCGCUUGGUGUGUCUCUGUCCAGCAUUUGUUGAUACUGACAUGAUCAAAGUGGAGAAAGAUAGAUUUCAGGGAGAAGAUCUAGUCCAGCCCGUCCUAGAUAAAUUCGGAGUAAUGAGCCUAGACCAAAUUACCACGGAGUUCAUGAAAGCUGUGCAGGACGAGGAUAAUAAUGGGAGCGUGAUCUCUGUCACAAUGAGAGGGGCGAAGACCCUUAAUCUACCCUCACCAUCCUGAGUUGCCAUCAACAUGAGGUCAUUUGGAUAAAGUGCACUUUGUAAAAGCAUUCAUGGCUAUGUACAUGUAUAUUUAUUAUAUAUUAAAGUUUACAUUUCGGACAAAUGACA